GGAAGAUUCUCAAGAGCCGGACGAGGGCGGACUCGACCGGGCGGAAAGCCGAGGAGUCAAUCAUUCAUUGGAGCAUUUCUAUCGUCCUUGCCACUGCCGCCGACGACGAACGACCAUGAACGAGUACGAGCAAGAUCCAGGAUGGAAGUACCUCCGUCUGACCAAAGAGGAGAUGGACAAGGAGCAUAAUCAACCCUAUGACUCCAAGAAAAAUGUAUGGGUACCCGAUCCGGAAGAGGGUUACGUGGCAGCUGAGGUCAAAUCAAGAAAGGGUGACAAUGUUACUGUUGUAAUCGGAGAUAAGGAAAAAACCUUCAAAAAAGAUAUGCUACAAGAAAUGAAUCCUCCGAAGUUCGAGAAGACCGAGGACAUGUCAAAUUUGACAUUCUUGAAUGAUGCUUCCGUACUUCAUAAUCUCCGAUCUCGUUACGCAUCAAUGCUCAUCUACACGUACUCCGGCCUUUUCUGUGUGGUAAUCAAUCCAUACAAAAGGCUUCCAAUCUACACGGACUCGGUGGCUAACAUCUUUAUGGGCAAAAGGAGAACGGAAAUGCCUCCUCACCUCUUCGCCGUCUCUGACGAGGCUUAUAGGAACAUGCUCCAAGACCAUGAAAAUCAGUCUAUGCUGAUUACGGGAGAGUCAGGUGCUGGAAAGACGGAAAACACAAAGAAGGUAAUUGCGUACUUCGCAUCCGUUGGUGCCAGUCAACAAUCAGCAGUUGCAGCUCCGGCUGAUGGAAAGAAAAAAGUCACUCUGGAAGACCAGAUUGUGCAAACCAACCCUGUACUGGAGGCAUUCGGUAACGCCAAAACCGUCCGAAACAACAAUUCGUCCCGUUUCGGAAAAUUCAUUCGAAUUCACUUCUCCAAAUUGGGAAAAGUCGCAUCUUGUGACAUUGAGCACUAUCUGCUCGAAAAAUCCCGUGUCAUUCGGCAAGCACCUGGAGAGCGUUGCUACCACAUCUUUUACCAGAUCUUCUCCGAGUUCAAGCCCGAACUGAAGAAACAACUUCAGCUUGAUAAACCUCUCACCGAAUACUAUUUCGUUGCACAGGCUGAACUUACUAUCGAUGGUGUAAACGAUGUGGAGGAAUUCCAAUUGACUGAUGAGGCUUUUGAUAUUCUAAAUUUCUCGGAACAGGAAAAGAUGGAUUGCUACCGCCUUAUGGGUGGUCACAUGCAUUUGGGAGGAAUGAAAUUCAAGCAGAGACCUCGCGAAGAGCAGGCAGAGCCGGAUGGCCAAGACGAAGCAGAGAAGGCCUGUGCUAUGUACGGAGUUGACGUUGAUCAGUUCCUCAAGGCACUCGUGUCACCUCGAGUGAAGGUUGGAACUGAAUGGGUAUCAAAGGGACAGAAUGUGGAACAAGUGAACUGGUCUGUUGGCGCUAUGGCUAAGGCUCUCUAUGCCAGAGUGUUCGACUGGCUAGUCAAGAAGUGCAACUUGACUCUGGAUCAGCAAGGAAUUCCUCGCGAUUACUUCAUUGGUGUGCUCGACAUCGCCGGUUUCGAGAUUUUCGAUUUCAACUCAUUCGAACAGCUGUGGAUCAAUUUUGUAAACGAGAAACUACAACAAUUCUUUAAUCACCACAUGUUCGUGCUGGAACAAGAGGAAUAUGCUCGUGAAGGUAUCCAAUGGACAUUCAUUGACUUCGGUCUUGAUCUGCAAGCCUGUAUUGAACUUAUUGAAAAGCCCCUCGGUAUCAUUUCCAUGCUUGACGAAGAGUGCAUUGUACCUAAAGCAACCGAUAUGACACUUGCCCAAAAACUAAACGAACAGCAUCUGGGCAAACACCCGAACUUCGAGAAGCCAAAACCACCGAAGGGCAAGCAGGCAGAGGCUCACUUCGCGAUGCGUCACUACGCUGGAACUGUCAGAUACAACGUUACGAACUGGCUCGAGAAGAACAAGGAUCCCCUGAACGACACCCUCGUCUCCGUGUUGAAGGUCUCGAAAGGAAACGAUCUGCUGAAUGAAAUCUGGAAGAACUAUCAGACACAGGAGGAAGCUGCAGCCGCGGCUAAGAGUGGCGCUGCUGGAAAACGCGGGAAGUCUGGUUCGUUCAUGACCGUGUCGAUGAUGUACCGCGAAUCCUUGAACAAUCUGAUGAGUAUGCUGCACAAGACACACCCUCACUUCAUUCGAUGCAUCAUUCCCAAUGAGAAGAAGAAGUCCGGACUUAUCGAUGCUGCACUUGUGCUCAACCAGCUCACCUGCAAUGGAGUGCUGGAAGGUAUCCGUAUCUGCCGUAAGGGUUUCCCGAACAGGAGCCUCCACGCUGACUUCGUGUUCCGUUACGCGCUUCUCGCAGCCAAAGAGUCAAAGUCAAGCGAUGACCCAAAAACGAAUGCCGGGGCCAUACUCCAACGCCUUAUCAAUGAGGGGAAAUUAAAUGAUGAACAGUUCCGCGUCGGCCACACUAAGAUAUUCUUCAAAGCUGGAGUCGUGGCCCACAUCGAAGACCUUCGUGACGAAAAGAUCAACGCUCUGAUCAGUGGCAUCCAGGCUUACAUACGUUACUGGUUCACCCUCAUCGACCGCGAAGCUCGCCAGAAGCAGCUGAAUGCCUACGUGGUGAUACAGCGAAACAUACGCUCGUGGAGUAUCCUGAGGACGUGGGACUGGUUCAAGAUAUUCGGUAAACUCCGUCCUCAGCUGAAGAGCGGAAAGAUGGCAGAAGAGUUGGCUAAGAUGACAGAAGAACAGAAGACUCUUGAAGCGUUGUCGGCUAAGAAGGAAAACGAACGCAAGGCCAAGGAAGAGAUGCUCAACAAACUCAACGCUGAUAAGAACAAACUCCUUGAGCAACUUGAGAUGACUAAGGGCGGCUCAGCCUCGAUCGAAGAUAAGUUAACCAAGUUGAACAACGUUAAGCAGGACCUCGAGAAAGCUCUGAAUGAUACCGGCGACAAACUAUCAGAGCAAGAAGAACGAAAUGCUGACCUAGAAAGGCAGAAGCGUAAGGCACAACAAGAGAUUGAUAACAUCAAGAAGAGCAUGGAAGGUGUAGACGGUAACCUACUGAAAUCGAUUGAAGAAAAGGAGGCCAAGGAGAACCAGAUACGCUCUCUGCAAGAUGAGAUAAACGCACAAGAUGAGACUAUCGCCAAGCUGAACAAGGAGAAGAAGCACCAAGAAGAGGUGAAUCGUCAACUUGUAGACGACCUGCAGGCUGAGGAGGCCAAGCAGGCCCAGGCUGCUCGUCUGAAGCAGAAGCUCGAGCAAACUCUAGAUGAGCUCGAGGAAUCAAUUGAACGGGAACGUCACAUUCGAUCUGAAACCGAGAAAUCGAAAAGAAAGACUGACAGCGAGCUCAAGGCAGCGCAGGAGAGCAUCGAUGAGAUUACAAAGGUGAAACAAGAGGCCGAUGCCAACUUGAAGAAGAAAGAAGCCGAUCUGCACGCUCUUGGAGUGCGAAUUGAAGACGAGCAAGCGAUGGCGAAUAGACUCAACCGCCAGUGCAAGGAGAAUGCCGUGCGCAUCAUGGAAAUCGAGGAUGAACUAGAGCACGAAAGGCAAACGCGCGCCAAGGCCGACAGAGCUCGCGCCGAGUUGCAGAGGGAGUUGGACGAGCUGAACGAACGCCUUGACGAGCAGAACAAUCAGAUGCAAGCGCAGCAAGAGUUUAACAAGAAGAAGGAUGCCGAAAUACUCAAAUGUCGACGCGACUUGGAUGACUUGAACAUGUCCCAUGAAGAUCAGCUGACUUCUUUGCGCAAGAAGAGUAACGACCAAGUCGCUCAGCUGACCAAUCAGCUGGAUGGUCUUCAGAAGGGAAAAACCAAGAUUGACAAGGAGAAAGCUAUACUGCAGAAGGAACUGGACGACAUCCACCAGCAAGUUGACCAGGAGUCGAAGGCGCAUGCAGAACAGGAGCGCUUGGCAAAGCAGUACGAAGUGCAGGUUGCAGAGCUCCAGCAAAAGGUUGACGAGCAGACUAGGCAAAUCGCUGAGUUUACUACGUCAAAGGCGCGACUUACUAAUGAAAACGGUGACCUCCUGCAUCGGGUAGAAGAGCUGGAGGUGCAACUGAACAACGUAAACAGAGCCAAGGCGGGCUUCUCCAGCCAGCUCGCCGAGGCCAAGAAAGCCGCAGAAGACGAGACGCACGAGCGCCAUGAUCUCAACGCUACCUGCAAGAAUCUUGAACACGAGAUUGAGCAGUGUCGCGAGAUGUUGGAGGAAGAGAUUAACUCGAAGGAUGACAUCCAGCGUCAACUCAGCCGCAUCAACUCUGAAAUCUCUCAGUGGAAAGCACGUUACGAGGGUGAGGGUCUUGUCGGAGCCGACGAGCUCGAAGACCUCAAGAGGAAGCAGAUGGCACGCAUGAUGGACUUGCAGGAGGCUCUUUCGGCGGCACAGAACAAAGCGAAUUCUCUCGAAAAGGCGAAGACGAAGCUGAUGCAGGAGACCGAAGAAGCGCGCUCGGAUGUCGACCGCCAUCUCACUGUCAUCGCUUCUCUGGAAAAGAAGCAAAAGGCAUUCGAUAAAAUUGUUGAGGAAUGGAAGCGAAAAGUUGAUGACGUCCAAAAGGAAAUCGACGCCACCAGCCGUGACUCCAGAAACACAAGCACGGAAGUGUUCAAACUCAAGUCUGCUAUGGAUAACCUCGCGGAGCAGUGCGAAAGUCUCCGACGCGAGAAUAAGAACUACGUACAGGAGAUCCGUGACGUCAACGAACAAAUCACUCAAGGUGGCAGGACGUACCACGACUUGCAGAAGGCCGUGAAGAGGAUGGAAAUGGAGAAGGAAGAGUUACAACACGCUCUUGAUGAAGCUGAGAGUGCUUUGGAAGCCGAGGAGAGCAAGGUGCUCCGAUCACAAGUCGAGGUGCAGCAGAUCCGAUCAGACGUCGAGAAGCGUAUUCAGGAAAAAGAAGAAGAAUUUGAGAGCACCAGAAAAAAUCACCAACGAGCUUUGGAAUCUAUCCAGGCAUCGCUUGAGACGGAAACCAAGGGCAAAGCCGAACUGCUGCGCUCUAAAAAGAAGUUGGAGAACGAUAUCAAUCAACUAGAGAUCGCCCUUGACCAGGCCAACAAAUCGAAUGUCGAUGCACAGAAAACACUCAAACGUUUCUUCGAUCAGGUGAAAGAGCUACAAGGACAGGUUGACGAGGAGCAACGACGACGGGAGGAGAUCCGUGAGAAUUACCUCGCAGCGGAGAAGAGACUGGCCGUCGCACUUGCCGAAACCGAAGAGGUUCUGCAACGAAUCGACAGCGCCGAGAAGACCAAGAAGCAAUUGGAAUUGGAUCAAGCAGACCUGAAAUCGCAAAACAACGAGCUCGUCUCUAGCAACUCUGCAUUAUCUGCGUUGAAGAGAAAGGUCGAAAACGAUGUCACUAUUGCAAGAAACGAGCUUGAUCAGUACCUCAAUGAAUUGAAGGCCUCCGAGGAGCGCGGCCGCAAGGCUGCUGCUGAUGCUGAACGUUUAGCUGAGGAAGUUCGACAAGAGCAUGAACAUGCCGCUCACCUUGACCGUCAUAAGAAGGGACUUGAACUCGCCUUCAAAGAGCUCCAAGCGAAAAUCGAAGAUUCCGAAAGAGCCAUGCUACUAUACGGACAGAAAGCUCUUGCUAAAGUCGAAGAGAAAGUGCGGACGCUCGAGAAUGAUUACCAGAACGAAAUGCGUCGCCAUCAAGAAUGUAUCAAGGGAGUAACGAAGCAAGAGAAGCGCGGCAGGGAGCUCCAGUUCCAGGUUGAAGAAGACAAGAAAAUGUUCGACCGCCUACAGGAAAUGGUAGAGAAGUUGCAGCAGAAGAUCCGCGUCCAAAAGAGACAAAUUGAAGAUGCUGAGGAAGUAGCGACGCAGAAUCUGUCAAAGUUCCGUCAAAUCCAGCUUGCCUUGGAGAACGCCGAAGAACGUGCCGAUGUGGCUGAAAACAGCCUCGUCCGCAUGCGCAGUCAAAGGGAUAUAGAACCAAAAGUAGUGAGUGUCAACAACGAGUGAAACGCGUUUAUAAGCGACAUUUAAAUUCUCGUACCGGUGUUAUAUUCUUUUUUUUUGUUUAGGUGUUGUCUAGUCUUGUUCCGGAUAAUUGAGAAUGAAGCAAUAAAGUUGCUCGGAAA